AAGCUUUUUCAUUUCAUUUGUUCCCACAUUCAGUUCAUGUCGUCUUUUCUUCCCUGAAUCUGUUCUUCUCAAUCCCUAUUCACUCUGCUCCCCCUGAUGCUAUCUGUCUUCGCUAGGUUGUACACCACUCGGAACUGUUUUGAUUCUAUAUAGGAACUGUUUUCUUGUGAUACCCUUUCGAACUGAAUUCCACGCUUGGUUGUGCUCUGAUUGGUACUCUGUUUGGAACCCUGUACACGAUUCUGCGUCGCAUUGCACUUGGGCCUGGUUGACUACAGGCAAGCAGAGUGAUUCAUCAUCUAUGCGAAGUUCUAAGACAGACUUCAGAUUGACGAUAUAUUUGGUCCAGGAGAAAGAAGAUGGUUAUGGCUAGGAAUUGAGAGUGUCAUGGAAGUAAACCCCCCUCCGAUGCAAUGAGUGUUUCACCACAAAAGCCCCCUGUCAGCAACGUGACUUGUCGCUACUGGGCAACAUCAGGGACUUGCUUUUUUGGUGAUCAGUGCAACUUCGCUCACAAUCCUGCUGACAGAGCUGCGACAGGCAAGUCUGUACCUAAGCGUGAAAAAGCCUGCAAGGAACUUCUUCUCACCGGUUAUUGCAAGAACGAGAAAAAUGGAUGCGAGUACAACCAUGAAAUUCCAGGCGUAAUUCGUGCAGGGCCUCCCGCGUCUUCAACAACCGCUGCCAAUGUGUCAACCUCUGUAGUGUAUUCAUCUUGGUCUUCCACGGCAUCGUCUUCCCUCAGCUCUGGGGCAGUUGCUGCAAUAAGGAACCAUAGGUUACCAGUUUCUGCUCCAGCAUUUGUUCCUGCAGCUGUAGCAGCAGCCCAAAGGGCUUCUUUGAGUGCUUGGGGUGGUGUGACUCCUGGGAAAUGUGUUGCGGUGACUUCACAAGCCACUUCGACAACCAUUUCUACGACACAGAAUGACAGCCUUAGUGUAUCUUCAGGACAGACAUCUGUGGUCGAUACUCAAACAACCUCAGCUCCAGGAUCGUUAGUAGAGGAAGCUGAAGUUAGUGGAAAUCCAGAUACAAUCUCCAGUGGUAUCUCUGUGAGCACCUCGCUCAGCUCAUUUAGCAAUUCUUUACUUAAUGCACAGCCCUUCAUUCCUAGCAUUUCUUCUGCAAUAAGCGGGAGUUUAAAUGGCCCCUCACCCCCAUAUAGUGGUACUACUCAAGGAGCAAGUGUUGGGAGUGCAAAUGCAACACCGUUUGUGCCAUCAGGGGGUUCAGUUGCCUCCGCGGUUAGUGCUGUUCCCUUUGUGCCAAGAUCAAGGCAGCACCUUGUGACUGGAGCGACAACGGGAGGUGGAUCGUCGGGUAUGGGUUGGGCCUUACAGCCGGUUAGCUCCUCCUUGAUGGCGUUGGGAGGUCCUGCACCUCAACAACAGCUACAAAUUAGGCAACAUCAAUUGUCACAGCUUCAACAGCAAAUACAGCAACAAGUUGCUGCGCAAGCUCAGGUGCAAGCUCAGUUGCAAGCUCAGGUGCAAGCUCAGGCUCAAGCACAAGCUCACAUGCUAGCUGCUGCAGCUCGUGGUAUUAGUGGAAGUGUACUUAGCAAUAACCAGUACAUGGGAAUGGACAUGCCUACAGUUUUGCCUUCUUUUCGUUUGCCCGAUGGGGAUGAUCCUGCGCUUGGCAUGACAGCUAUGUCUCCUCCAAAUCCAUCAUUCUCGACCAGGGCACAACUACUGCAGCAUAUGCAAAACAUGCAACUGCAGCAGCAGCAUCAAGCAUUCUCUGGUCAGUCAUCGCCCUAUUCUCUACGUUCGCUUCAGAGAACCGGGGCUCAGACUCCUGAGAAGCAGCAGCAACUGUUGAAUUCGCAAUCUGAGGUGCAACAAUCUCAAUCACCACCAUAUGCAAUAUGGCUGUCACAAAGUUUAGGCACUCAUACCCCUGAGAAGUCGCAACCUCUCGCUUUAAAAGCGGAUGCAGGUGGCUCUGUGUCAUCUUCAUUAGCACUCUCCAAUGAUAAUCAAGUGCAAGAGCACGUGCUUCCCUCAACCCCUGAAAGACGAGAGUCUGAUCAACUCUCUGUGCAAUCCUUAGAACAUAUUGGUCCUCCACAGUCACCUCAACAAACAGGGCAGAUUCAAAGUCCUCAGCAGCAGCCCACUGCUGUGUCUCAGUCAUCAACAAAGCAACAGCAGCAGGCACAAAUUCAGCACCAAAUACAACUUCAGGCACUACAACAGCAACGAAUGCGGCACAGAAUGCAGCAGCAGCAACAACAACAACAACAACAACAACACUUUCAGCAGGGUCAACGAGUUCUUACUGGCACUGGCUUAACCCAGCAAAGGUUGCCAUCUGUAAGGUCACCUUCCCCAAUCUCUGGGUCUUCUCCGGUUGCAGCUGCAACACAUGGAGGAGCGACUUAUUUCUUAGGUCCUGGCCAAGGCAUCAGCAGCUUGUCACAUGCAUUUAGCUCACCUGUUGGACGCAAUGAAUCGCGUACUGCAAGGAGUCAGUUCCCAGCUGGCACUGUACCCUUCGGGUCACGGUUCCUUCCGGAUCAGUUACGUGAGGAGCUUCGACGUCGUCACUCUUUGAUCCAUGCCCAGCUGGACCCUGAGCAAGAUCUUGUUGACCUACCGGAGAUGGUACAGCGAUUCCAUUCUUUAUAUCCCCUUGAAGAUGUUAAUCGUGAAGAUGAAAUUCCUAGCGCCUCAUUUGGUGUAAGGACGAUGCUUUUUAAAGGAAUCUCUUCGUCAGAUGGUCAAGCCUAUGCCAUUCGGCGGAUUGACAGUCACCAGGUGAUACCCACGGCUGAGCUGGCUAAUACAGCAGUUGAAGUUGUGGAACGUUGGGCACCUUUUGCUCGUCAUCCUCACAUUGUUGCAAUUAGGGAGUCCUUUGUAAGUCGAGAAGUGGAGGAUUCUGCAGCUUUGUUCUUUGUGCAUGACUAUUAUCCUGCUGCCCUUACUCUUCAAGCAAUUCACUUGCAACAGGAGCAACCAAGUGGUGUUGUACAUUUGACGGUGAAUGAGGAACAGCUUUGGAGCUACAUGGUGCAACUGGCGACUGUUCUUCGGGCUGUACAUAGUGCUGGCCUAUACUUCCGUCCUGGAGGUUUACAUCCGUCAAAAGUUAUCCUAACAAGCAAGGGUAGGAUACGCGUAUCUGGUGUUGGUAUCCUUGACGUUCUUCAUGGUGAUCCAUCCGAUGAUCCUCGGAUGUUCCAAAGAGAAGAUUUAGCAGGGUGUGGCCGUCUAAUACUUGCACUCGCAUGUGGGUCAACUGCUAAUGCAUCGUUGGAAUUUAUGGGAUCUCAUUAUUCGGCUGACCUAGUUCGAAUCACUCAGGCUUUGUUGGCCUCAUCCCCUGAGAAGUCAGAGGGAGCGGGUAUCUGCAGUAUUCGGCAAUUGUGCUCUGCUUUAGCAGAUCGUAUGUUCAAUGAGAUUGAGAAUGUUCAUAUGCAGAAUGAUGAAAACUUGAAUGAACUGAGCAAAGAGACUGAGAAUGGGCGUCUCUUACGCAUCCUUGUCAAAUUGGGAAUGAUAAAUGAGCGGCCUGAGCAUGACAUGGAUCCAGCGUGGUCUGAAAUUGGUGACCGGUAUCUGCUCAAGCUAUUCCGGGAUUCCGUCUUUCACCAGACAUCAGAGGAAGGGACACCAGUUAUUGAUUGGGGCCACGUUGUUGAAUGUCUUAACAAGUUGGAUGCCGGAGUCCCCGAGAAGUUAAUUUUAUUGAGUCGUGAUGAGCGGUCAAUGCUCAUUGCGUCGUAUGCUGACUUGAAGAGAUGCCUCGAAAAUGUCUACCAAGAACUUCUAGUAAGGGCAUCUGGAGACAAGGCAAGGCAAGCACCCCCUCAGAACAUGCUUAUGCAAUCACCAGUUCGUCUUAGCCAGAGGCUACAUGUAAUCUGAGCGGCGCAGUUUACAGAGAUUCAUGGAGAUUGGCAGCUCUUAGCUAGGCUUUGGUCAGUUCCUUCAGUUUAGGAAAAUCUCUUGACAAAGUCCAUCAGAGAGAUAAAUUGUAUGAAUUUGCACCCAGUAAAGGGGAGGUUCUGCCAAAGUCGACUUUGGAGAGUGUUUCAUUGGUCGAGUUGUACAUCUCUUUAUGUAAUUUAAUUGUUCACCACUCAGGAAAGUCUUUGUAGUCCUUCAGGUUAAUAAAAAUAAAAAUCUUUAAAACUAAAA